AUGGCCCCGGUGGCUUGCUUGGCCCGUUUUACAAAUAUCCAAUGCCUAUCUCUGGACAAGGAAUUCACCACUGUGGCCCAAUGUUCGCUAAAAAUGAUCAAACGUAAUGUGGUGGCACUGAAUAUUCAUUGUAGGCUACAUAAGGUUCCGGUGGAUAAGGUGACAGUAAAUGUUGCCCUCUAUAAACGCUCGAAUGGUUUUCAACCGUUUCUAAUCAAUGCCACUGGAGAUUUGUGUAAAUUUUUCGCCAAUCGUAAAAAGAAUCAAAUUUUCAUGAUUUUAGCUCAAUAUUUCUUGCGGAACUCCAAUGUGAAUCACAGCUGUCCAUAUGAUCACGACAUUAUUGUCCACAAUUUAAUUUUGGAUAAUACCCUCUUCUCCUCCCUGCCCCUACAAAAUGGCGAUUAUAUGUUCAAGGUAUUGGCUGGAAUAAUGAAUGUUUGGAAAGUGGAAUUUAAGGUGCAUUUUCGUAAAAGUUAA